AUGGAAGAACCCUCAUGGGAAUCUAAUGUCACAGAUUCCAUCAAUGCCAUUUAUCUCCUAUUUUCAGCUUACCUAGUUUUCGUAAUGCAACUCGGGUUCGCCAUGCUUUGCGCGGGCUCUGUUCGGGCCAAGAACGCAAUGAACAUAAUGCUGACAAACGUAGUCGAUGCAGUUAUCGGAAGCCUAUCUUAUUUCCUCUUCGGUUUCGCUUUCGCCUUUGGCGAAGGCCCGAAUAAAAACCCGUUUAUCGGUACAUCCCAUUUUGCUCUAAAAGACAUCCCAUCAAGCUCAUAUGACUAUAGCUUCUUUCUCUACCAAUGGGCUUUCGCGAUUGCCGUUGCGGGCAUCACUAGCGGGUCGAUUGCCGAGCGGACCCAAUUCAGCGCCUACUUAAUCUUCUCGUUUUUCUUAUCGGGAUUCGUUUAUCCCGUCGCGGCCCAUUGGACCUGGUCUUCGUCGGGCUGGCUAAGCCCAAAUUCUCUGGGCCCAUUACUCUUCGGUUCGGGCUCCAUCGACUUUGCGGGUAGUGGGGUCGUUCACUUGGUGGGCGGUGUGGCCGGGCUUUGGGGCUCGUUUAUCGAGGGCCCGAGAGUGGGCCGUUUCGACGCGUUCGGUAAGCCCGUUUCCAUGCGCGGCCACAACUCGACCCUCGUGGUACUCGGCACGUUUUUGCUCUGGUUCGGUUGGUUCGGUUUUAACCCAGGCUCGUUCGACAAGAUUCUUGUGCUGCCCAGGCAAGGGCACGGGCAGUGGAAUGCCGUGGGCCGGACAGCUGUCACCACCACAUUGGCCGGGUCGACGGCCGGGCUCACGACCCUUUUUGCCCGUCGGGUGCUCGUGGGCCAUUGGGAUGGGCUCGAUGUCUGCAAUGGGUUGUUAGGUGGGUUUGUGGCGAUUACUUCAGGCUGUUCGGUUGUGGAGCCUUGGGCCGCGAUCGUUUGUGGGCUUGUUGCGGCUUGGGUUCUUAUUGGGCUCAAUGUCUUGGCCCUGAAGAUGAAGAUCGAUGACCCGUUAGAGGCGGCCCAGUUGCACGGAGGUUGUGGGGCUUGGGGCUUGAUAUUCACCGGGCUUUUUGCGAAGGAGGAGUUCGUGGUGAAGGUUUACGAUUCGGGCCGAGUUGGGCCGGGGGCCCGGCCGUACGGGCUCUUGUUGGGUGGUGGUUGGGGUUUGAUUGGGGCUCAAGUGGUUGAGCUUUUGGUUUUGGUGGGAUGGGUUAGCUUGACUAUGGGGCCAUUGUUUUAUUUGCUUCAUUGGCUUGGGAUUUUGAGGAUAUCAAGAGAUGAUGAAGUGGCUGGGCUUGAUGUGUCUAGUCAUGGAGGAUAUGCGUAUAACAAUGCUCAUCAUGAAGAGGAGACGGGUCCACGGGUUUAUGGUGAAUAUAUGCGGCUGCAAAAUAGUUUGUAG